AAUCGUUUGCAAUUAGCGUCACCUAAGCUGUGCAGCGAAGGGAGCCGUGGUUCCAGCUCGUGUGUGACUCAGAGCGCUGACGGUGCUGGUGCUGAGUGACUGACGCAUCUGCCUGUUCCUCUGUUCGAUCCGAAUAUGUUCACCAGGAGUAGAGAGAAUCCUCGCGAGCAGAUGUACCAAACGUCUACGCCUGGGAUUGUUGGCAUACCGCCCAGGGGUACAUCAUAUGAGUAUAUUGAAAUCAUUCAACCUCAGAUCCCACCUCGUCAACGUCACCAAUCUCAAUCCACCUCAGGGUAUCCUCCCGAUCCGCGACAUAGAAACGGGGCAAGGGUGGCGUCGCCUUCGCCGAGCAAUCAAGGCUCAGCAUCUCCGGGCCAUUCGCAACGGCCUACGCCUCAGCCCCCGUUGCCCAGCGUAGGAUCCGAAGCACAACCGAGGACUUCGCUCUCUUCGUCGCGGACUGCUCCGCAGUCACCGUCCAAACCAGUGCAGCCACCCCAGUGGCAGGAUCAUCAGCAAAUAUACGGGGAUGAGAGGCUUGCUCAUGAAGUCCAUCAAGCAGAACAACGAAAUAUCGAGUUGGAUAAUCUGCGGCACCAGCUUCGGGAAGAGAAGAACAGGGCGGAGAACCUUGCGAAAGAACUCAAGAUCGCGCGAGAGGAUCAUAGCUCUCUCCGUGCCAAUCUACAGCUUGACGAUGACAUUGAACCUGGACAAAUGGCAAAGGAAUUUCAGGCGAUUAAUCGCAGCAUCGAGGACGCUUCUAGAGCGAUAAGCGGUUGGUUUUGCGGAAUCUUCACCUUUGAUGGUAUCGACGCGCCCACUACUGCGCACGUAGUAGACCAAAAACGACUUUAUGACUUGAUGCCGUAUGCAAGCAGCCGGAAUUCGACGCUGAUACGGUCGUCGAGAAGUCCAUCACGAAAUACUGGCUCCCCUACACCCUCAUUUGAAUGCGAGUGUGGAAACACGGGGCACUUUUGAAAGGGUGUACAAAGAAAUGCAGAAGCAUGAAUCUCAAAUUGUGUGUGGCCGCUGGCGGAGCAUGUCAUUCAAUGGACUUCAGUCCAC